AUGGGUGUUUGCCUUUGCAUCAAGCAAAAGCGGCCGAGGCCAAAGAGCUAUGCCAUCAAAGGGUUGCAGAAUGCUGAGGGUCACCUGUACGCGGACCACAAUGGCAUUAUGGAUCCAACAGGCAAGAGGCAAAAGCCUGCCAAGGCAUCUGAGAAAGCACAUCAGUCCAUUGCAACAAUCCUGCAGUUGAACCCGAAGGAGCCGAAGGAACAAGAUUUGAUCAAUACCUUGAUCAAAUGUUUUGACAAAACUGUAUUCCAGCAGAAACUUGUCAACUGGAUUGUCAAUUAUAGCCAAUCCUUCUCGAUCGUUAACGAUCAAGAUCUUCGAGACAUCUUCAACUACCUCAAUUCAUCGGUGGAGAUCACAAAAGCCAACAUUACUGACGUGACCGUGCGUGCCAUCGCAGAGCGAGAAUUUGGGCGGUUGCGCCCUUGCCGCCAUGGCGUAAAAUACAACAACAACAACAACAACAACAACAACAACAACAACACCAGCAGAGGGUAG